GGCUGGCCGCUGAGCGCGUAAAACCUCUCUAGACCGGUGGGGUAGUGCGGACCGCUCCCCAGUCAAGGGUCGUCCGUGACCUCUGGUCCGUUUCUCCGGCAGCACGGGGAAUAAAGCUCUCGAAACCGACUGGUCCUGUCCCGGAAAGGGGGCAGAUAUUCAGGACCCCUUCAUCUUACAGUGGACAGCGAGCCCGGCAUCUUUGGCGUCCGUGGUUGGCAGUUUCUCCAGGUGCUUGCUACAUUGAAAAAUGGCUACUGGACAGGACCGGGUAGUUGCCCUAGUGGACAUGGACUGUUUUUUUGUUCAAGUGGAACAGCGGCAAAAUCCUCAUUUGAAGAAUAAACCUUGUGCGGUUGUACAGUACAAAUCAUGGAAGGGUGGUGGAAUAGUUGCAGUGAGUUAUGAAGCUCGUGCAUUUGGGGUCGCUAGAAGCAUGUGGGCAGAUGAUGCUAAGAAGUUAUGUCCAGAUCUUCUACUGGUACAAGUUCGUGAGUCCCGUGGGAAGGCUAACCUCACCAAGUACCGGGAAGCCAGUGUGGAAGUGAUGGGGAUAAUGUCUCGUUUUGCUGGGAUUGAACGUGGCAGCAUUGAUGAGGCUUAUAUAGACCUGACCAGUGCUGUACGAGAGAGACUACAAAAGCUACAAGGUCAGCCUAUCUCAGCUGAGCUGUUGCCGACCACCUACAUUGAAGGGUUGCCCCAAGGCCCUACAACAGCAGAAGGGACUGAUCAGAAAGAGGAGAUGCGAAAACGAGGCUUAUUUCAAUGGCUUGAGUCUCUUCAGAUUGAUAACACCACCUCUCCAGACCUGCAGCUCACUGUUGGAGCUGUGAUUGUGGAGGAAAUGAGAGCAGCCAUAGAGAAGGAGACAGGCUUUCAGUGUUCAGCUGGAAUUUCACACAAUAAGGUCCUGGCAAAACUGGCCUGUGGACUAAACAAGCCCAACCACCAGACCCUGGUCUCACAUGGGUCAGUCCCACAGCUCUUCAGCCAAAUGCCUAUUAGCAAAAUCCGUAAUCUUGGAGGAAAGCUAGGUGCCUCUGUCAUCGAAAUCCUGGGGGUGGAAUACAUGGGUGAACUGACUCAGUUCACUGAAUCCCAGCUUCAGAGUCAUUUUGGGGAGAAGAAUGGAUCUUGGCUAUAUGCCAUGUGCCGUGGGAUUGAACAUGAUCCAGUUAAACCCAGGAAACUACCUAAAACCAUUGGCUGUGGCAAGAACUUCCCAGGAAAGACGGCCCUGGCUACUUGCGAACAGGUCCAAUGGUGGCUUUUGCAAUUAGCCCAUGAACUAGAGGAGAGACUAACCAAGGACCGAAAUGAUAAUGACAGGGUGGCCACCCAGUUGGCUGUGAGCAUUCGUGUACAAGGAGACAAACGUCUCAGCAGCGUACGCCGCUGCUGUGCCCUUACCCUCUAUGAUGCUCACAAGAUGAGCCAUGAUGCGUUUGCUGUCAUCAGGAACUGUAACACCUCAGGAAUCAAAACUGACUGGUCCCCUCCCCUCACAAUGCUCUUUCUCUGCGCUACCAAAUUCUCCGCCCCUGCCCCUUCAUCUUGCACAGACAUCACCACCUUCUUGAGCAAUGACCCAAGUUCCCUGCCAAAGGUGCCAGUUACCAGUCCAGAAGCUAAGACCCAGGGAUGUGGCCCAGCAGUGACAGCCACUAAGAGAGCAACCACUUCUCUGGAAUCAUUCUUCCAAAAAGCUGCAGAAAAGCAGAAAGUCAAAGAAACUUCACUGUCAUCUCUUACUGCCACUACCCAGGCCCCCAUGAGCAAUUCACCAUCCAAGCCCUCCUUACCUUUCCAAACCAGUCAUACUACGGGAACUGAGCCCUUCUUUAAGCUGAAGAGUCUACUUCUAAAGCAGAAACAGCUUAAUAAUCCUUCAGUUUUCUUCACUCCACAAAAUCCACAGUCCAGCCGUGAAGAGUUAACAAACUGUCUUCCAGCAGAGUAUCCAGACUGCACCCCUGUCUGUCAAGCAGCAUUGAAGCUAGGAUCCUCUAAAACAACUCCUACAGAGAUGGAUUUGGCCCAGAACAGCCCAAGCAGGCUUGCUUCUUUAACUUCCAGCUCUGCUCUGGAGGUGGCUCAGAAAUCAACUACUACCCCAAGUCCUAUGGCAGCUGAGGACCAAGUGCCCUGUGAGAAGUGUGGCUCUCUGGUACCUGUCUGGGAGAUGCCAGAACAUAUGGACUAUCAUUUUGCACUGGAGUUGCAGAAAUCCUUUUUGCAGCCCCACUCCUCAAACUCACAGGCUGUUCCUGCCGGUUCUCCUCAAAGCAAAAGAAAUCCCAAGAGCCCUUCAGCCUCCAGUAAUAAACGCCCUAGGCCUGAGGGCAUGCGGACAUUGGAAUCAUUUUUUAAGCCAUUAACACACUAGUGCUGCCCUCAGGCUUGUUGCAGGGUUUUAAUAUUUUACCUGGAAACUAGGAGAUGGAAAUAUGCUCACUUCGCAAGGAAAUCUGUAACUUUAUGAAAUUUUUAGUAAGAGAAAUAAUCCAGUUAGAUGCGGAGUUAAAACUCCCAUCUCUUCACAUGCAUGGAUCCCAAUUCCAUUGCUGACAGAGAUGUAAAAACUAACUUAUCUUGCAGAUAUCACUGCUUUGAGUUUUUAAUCAUCAGAGUUUAGGGAGGCAGUGUCAGAGUACAAAUGUGUGGGCCUCGAAGCCUAGGAGAGGCACUUUCCUUAUCUGUACAACUGAUAAACCUUACAGAUUAUGGGAGAUUAAGGACAGUGUAUUUAAAGUACGUGGCUUAAAGACGGCACAAAAUAGGAACUGAGAAAAAAACGUUUUUUUAAAAAAUUUUCUCCAAGCGGGCGCGCCUGGGUGGCUCAGUCGGUUAAGCGACUGCCUUCGGCUCAGGUCAUGAUCCUGGAGUCCCGGGAUCGAGUCCCGCAUCGGGCUCCCUGCUCGGCAGGGAGUCUGCUUCUCCCUCUGACCCUCCUCCCUCUCAUGCUCUCUGUCUCUCAUUCUCUCUCUCUCAAAUAAAUAAAAUCUUAAAAAGAAAAAAAAAAUCUUUAAAAAAAAAAAAAAUUUUCCCCAAGCUCUGUGAUGGGGGCAGUUCAGAUAAUGCUUUGACCGAAAUGUGAGGUUUGAGAACAUGAGGUGAAGACCUGAAACCCUAAAGUGGUAACUAGUUUAGGGUAGCGCUCUGUACACAGAAGCUGCUCAAUAAAUACCGCAUUUCAAACAAGUAAAUCCUGUUAUGGCCACAGUUUUAGCCACUGGCCCUUCUACCUCUUGCAUUUGGUCUAGUGUAGAAUGAGAUUGUUAAUGGACCAGUUCAGGAACUCUGUUUAGAUUGGGUAAGUCAUGCUCAGAACGAGAUCAUCUCUAGAAUCUUCCUAGGCUGAGUGUGAUUUUGAGGAACAGCAGCAUCAGGGUCAUCAGGGAACUUGUUAGAAACUGUCUCGGGCGCCUGGGUGGCUCAGUUGGUUAAGCGACUGCCUUCGGCCCAGGUCAUGAUCCUGGAGUCCCUGGAUCGAGUCCCGCAUCGGGCUCCCUGCUCAGCGGGGGUCUGCUUCUCCCUCUGACCCUCGCCCCUCUCAUGUGCCCUCUAAUAAAUAAAUAAAAUCUUUAAAAAUACAUAAAAUAAAUAAAAUCUUAAAAAAAAAAGAAAUUGUCUCAGCCUUGGGGCGCCUGGGUGGCUCAGUCGUUAAGCGUCUGCCUUCGGCUCUGGUCACGAUCCCAGGGUCCUGGGAGCGAGCCCCACAUUAGGCUCCUGCUCAGCCGGAAGCCUGCUUCUCCCUCUCCCACUCCCCUGCUUGUGUUCCCUCUCUCACUGUCUCUCUCUCUCUGUCGAAUAAUAAAAUCUUAAAAAAAAAAAAUUGUCUCAACCUUACCCCCAUUCCUACUGAAUCAGAAUCUGUAUAUUAACAGGAUUCUCCAGGGUGUUUGAGAAAUACUGAUCUAGAAGAUGGCGUGGCCAGCCAGGUUUGUAGAGGGCAAUGACAUUUCCUUAAACCCUAAAGUACAAACUUAAGAGGUAGUGCUUGGCUUUCAGGGUCACUGGCAUGUUCCUGUCUUCCCUUCUGAUGUUUGAAUAUUUAGCUUAGGGUUUAUUGUAGCUCUCUGCACUUAUCUGUGUUUAUAGUACUGUAUUCUUAAUCUGCAUUCUUCUAUGUGGAAAAUCAGCUUUUUUGAUAUGGGAAACCUUGUGUCACACAGAGAACCCAACUGAAGAUGAACUGAACUAGGUGGUGUUGGGGGAAGUGAGUAGGAAGAAUGGUGUACGUAUCCCUCCUCUCAUACAUAAUACACAAACGAACUGCUUUUCAAACUUAUUUAUAAAUUGGGGGGGGGGUCUGUAUUUAGUUUGAAGAAGGGGGCAGCAUUUGAAAAACGCUGAGUGUAGCAGAAAAUUACUUCUUCCUUCAAAAAUAUUUUCCUCUUGUAGCAGUUGAAUACUGUGUACAUGGCCCUUUCCUACUAGAUUUGUAGUUUCUUGAGGGCAAGAAUUCUUCACACUGCCUUGCACAUAAUAGGUGCUUGAGAUUCACUGGAUGAAAAAUACGUAGUAAAUAAUUUUAGAUGAUUACUGGAACUGGGAGUAAAAAUGUACACGCCACUGGUGUGGUGGGAGGGGCUGCUUUACACAUCUUUUUAUCCUCCUAAAUGUUCCAUUAACGUAGCAAGGUAUAGCUCACUGGUUCCUGAAGAUGUUUUACUAAAUACUGAUAUCAUGGGACACCUGGGUGGCUCAGUCGGUAAAAGCGCCUGCCUUCGGCUCAGGUCAUGAUCCCUUGGUCCUGGGAUCGAGUCCCACCUGCUUCUCCCUCUGCCUGCCCCCCGCCCCCCGGCUUGUGUGUGCUCGCUCGCUCUGACAAAUAAAUGAAUAAAAUCUUUAAAAAAGUA